AUGCCCAUAACUAUUGGGUCUCAGGGCUCAGACAUGCCCAUAACUAUUGGGUCUCAGGGCUCAGACAUACCCAUAACUAUUGGGUCUAAGGGCUCAGACAUGCCCAAAACUAUUGGGUCUCAGGGCUCAGAUAUACUCAUAACUAUUGGGUUUCAGGGCUCAGAUAUACCCAUAACUAUUGGGUCUCAGGGCUCAGACAUACCCAUAUUGGGUCUCAGGGCUCAGACAUACCCAUGUUGGGUCUCAGGGCUCAGACAUACCCAUAUUGGGUCUCAGGGCUCAGACAGACCCAUGUCUAUUGGGUCACAGGGCUCAGACAUACCCAUGUCUAUUGGGUCUCAGGGCUCAGACAUAUCCAUGUCUAUUGGGUCUCAGGGCUCAGACAUACCCAUGUCUAUUGGGUCUCAGGGCUCAGACAUACCCAAGUCUAUUGGGUCUCAGGGCUCAGACAUACCCAUAACUAUUGGGUCUCAGGGCUCAGACAUCCCCAUAACUAUUGGGUCUCAGGGCUCAGACAUACCCAUAACUAUUGGGUCUCAGGGCUCAGACAUGCCCAUAACUAUUGGGUCUCAGGGCUCAGACAUACACAUAACUAUUGGGUCUCAGGGCUCAGACAUACCCAUAUUGGGUCUCAGGGCUCAGACAUACCCAUAUUGGGUCUCAGGGCUCAGACAUACCCAUAUUGGGUCUCAAGGCUCAGACAUGCCCAUAACUAUUAGGUCUCAGGGCUCAGACAUGCCCAUAACUAUUGGGUCUCAGGGCUCAGACAUGCCCAUAACUAUUGGGUCUCAGGGCUCAGACAUACCCAUAACUAUUGGGUCUCAGGGCUCAGACAUGCCCAAAACUAUUGGGUCUCAGGGCUCAGAUAUACUCAUAAACUAUAGGGCUCAGAUAUACCCAUAA